CUGUCAUGUUUGACCAUAGUACGGAUAACAACAACGUUUCUUUUAUUGUCCCUACAUUAUUGCUCCUGCUGCAAAACAAAAGCUACCCCAAGACCUCCCUCCCUGCAGCUGACCAUGAGAUGACAGAGUCACCCCAGGAGCCCAGGCCAAGCAGGAACCGCACUGUCUUGCAGUAUGAGCUGAAGCCAGGGGAAAUUGUAUCAGCCAGCAUGGUUUUUGGAGUACUGUGGAUAAUUUCCAUCUUUGGAAACUCCCUUGUUUGCUUAGUGAUCCACAGGAGCAGGAGGACACAGUCAACCACCAACUAUUUUGUUGUCUCCAUGGCUUGUGCAGAUCUUCUCAUCAGUGUUGGAAGUGCACCAUUUGCACUGCUUCAGUUUACAUCAGGCAGGUGGACACUGGGGAAUGUGACGUGCAAACUGGUAAGGUAUAUUCAGUAUUUCACUCCUGGAGUCCAGAUAUAUGUGCUCCUCUCCAUAUGCGUGGAUCGAUUCUACACUAUUGUCUACCCACUGAGCUUCAAGGUGUCGAGAGAGAAAGCCAAGAAAAUGAUUGUAGCAGCUUGGAUCUUUGAUCUUGCAUUUAUGUCACCAGUUUUCUUUUUCUAUGGCUCCAAUGAGGAUGACCACUGCAACUUUUUUCUCCCAGGUUCCUGGGAAGCGGCCAUCUACAGUAUUAUCCAUCUCUUGGUGGUGUUUUUGACCCCAUCCAUCCUCAUUAUCUUAUUCUACCAAAAGGUCAUUAAGUACAUUUGGAGAAUAGGCACUGAUGGCAGGACUGUUAGAAGAACAAUGAAUAUUGUUCCAAGAACGAAAGUGAAAACUAUCAAGAUGUUCUUAAUGUUAAAUUUAGUGUUUCUGCUGUCCUGGCUCCCAUUUUAUGUGGUACAACUGUGGCACCCAGAGGAAACAGACUACAGAAAAAGUUCCUUGGUUUUCAUGGCUAUCACAUGGAUCUCUUUCAGUUCUUCAGCUUCUAAGCCAACCCUGUACUCAGUGUAUAAUGCAAACUUCAGAAGAGGGAUGAAAGAAACUUUUUGCAUGUCCUCCAUGAAAUGCUACAGAAGCAACGCAUACACCAUCACCACCAGCUCAAGGAUAGCAAAAAAAAAUUAUGUCGGGAUCUCAGAAAUCCCAGCACCAGCCAAAACUGUAACCAAAGACUCAAUCUAUCAUUCAUUUAACAGGGAAGCAAAAGAAAAAAAGCUUGCCUGGCCUAUUCAUUCAAAUCCUCCAAAUACAUUUGUCUAA